AUGCCGAAUAUGCACAGUACAUCUCUCAAUGAGUUCAAUCGUUCUCAGGCCUUGCUCUCACUUGCUUUCCCUGCCCUAUUUCCUACUGGACAAGGUGACUUUGUCGAACCACGACAGCGAGGCAUUAAAUACGGUGACUAUAUUGAGCGGCUGAUGAAGUUCCACGAUGGACGCUUCCCACGACGGCCUCGCUUUCCAUACGUCGCUUUUGAUACCCUCAUGCGCCAACAGGUUAACCAAAGAAGCUCUUUCUUUAUCAAGAAAGAUGGUCGCCGCACUGAAGUCGACAUUGCACACCUGCGGGCAGCAUUUGACUCCGAUACUCCUGAAGCUAAAUCGCUUCUCAACUCAAUCAUUCGCUGCUCGAGCAGUCUUCGUGGUACACGUCCAUUCUGGGGUGGACGUCGUCAUCAGCUUGAAGCCUAUGUCCAUGGACUAGGAUGCCCAGGGAUCUUCUUGACCUUUUCUGCUGCUUAUCUUCACUGGGAAAGCUUGCAGCUACAUAUGCCUCGAUACGAGGAUUGGCAGAAUGCUGAUAAUCAUGGUAAGGUUGCCAUUGCACGGAAGAACCUGAAAGAGAAUCCGCAUAUUGCAGCUCAUCACUUUCAUAUGCGAUGUACAUCCUUCCUUAAACAUGUCAUCAAGCCCAAUUCAACCCAAGCGGCCGUUAUCAACUAUGUUGUCAAGUAUGUCGGCAAGGCCGCAAAGAAACGCGAGAGCUAUAAGGAUAUUGCCAAGUCUGUUCUACCCCGAGUCAACUCUGCCAGAGGAGUUAUUGGUUUCGUUGCCAAGUUCAUGAACAGGUUGAUUGCUGAGAGAGACUGGUCCGCGCAGGAGAUCCAAUAUCCUCUUCUGAACCUUGAUAUGGCUCAGGGAACCCGGGUUGUGAUUACCGUCGAUUGCCGACACCCACGGGAUCACUGGACAGUUGACUUCAUUGCUGCUGAAGGUGAACAGUCUAUUCGUCCUACAAAGAAUAGAGAACCUAGCUAUUUCCACUUUUUCACAAAGGUUGAUUACUCCAAACAACCUCAGCAGUGGCGAGAAUUCCCGACAGCCUCAGAUCGUAUCUUGAACUACUUUCCUCGCUAUGGCCAGUAUAACGAAGACUUUGCUUGCGUGAAGCUGAUGCUUCACCACUCUCACUCUCGAUUCGAAGAACUUCUUACUGUUAAGGAUACUACCUUUGAGACGUAUCUUGAAGCUUAUCAGCAUUCAAGAAUCGUGCACCAGGAUGUGCACCCACACGACUACUAUUCUUCUCCUCAGCUAAUCCUCGAAGAGGAGUUUGAAGAGGACCCUGAUGAUAAAGAUGAAGUUCCAGAGCAGUCAUGGGAAGCACUUACUGCUGGCGUGCCUCAGGAUGAACCAGAUGCUGAAGAAGUGCCUAUGCUUGGCAAUCGACCAAUUGAUCUCACCUACGACUAG